CUGAUGUGUACUUGGAUGUUACUUUAGUAAUUUAGUUUUACUAAUAAUACAAUCCUGUUCUAUAGAUAUAAUUAGGUGAAAUAUACACAUAAACAAGAGAGUGCAAGAUAAACCAUUUGAGAAUAUUUAUUGUUUAUUUGACCGAUCGUAUCCUAGGAGUAGGAGUAGGAGUCGGACCUAGCUCCAAGAAACGCUUCCAGCAGAGGUAGACCACCAGCCCGCGCUUCUCGGCAGCGAAGGACAUCACAGGUGACGACCUCUAGGUACCCUAGAGGAUUCUCGUUAGCGUGUGUUAUACUAAAACCUCGCGGCGCAGCGACAAUGACGGGGGGCGGGGCGCUCGCGGACCAGGUGAUCCUCGCAACGGGCGGCUACGACCACACGAUCCGCUUCUGGCAGGCGCACAGCGGCAUCUGCCACCGCACCGUGCAGCACCCCGACUCGCAGGUGAACGCGCUCGAGGUGACGCCGGACCGGCAGACUGUUGCCGUCGCCGGCCACCAGCACAUCCGCAUGUACGACGUCGCGUCGGGCAACGCGAACCCCGUCGUCAACUACGAGGGCGUCUCGAAGAACGUCACCGCCGUCGGGUUCCACGAGGAGGGCAAGUGGAUGUUCACGGGCGGGGAGGACUGCAGCGCGCGCAUCUGGGACCUGCGCGCGCGCAACCUGCAGUGCCAGCGUAUCUUCCAGGUGAACGCGCCCGUCAGCUGCGUGCUCAUACACCCGAACCAGGGCGAGCUGAUCGUCGGCGACCAGAGCGGCUCGAUCCACUUCUGGGACCUGCGCACCGACCACAACGAGCAGCUUGUUCCCGAGGCGGACGCGAGCAUCACGUCGGUGAGCGUCGACCCCGAGGGAUCGUACCUCGCGUCGGUGAACAACCGCGGCAACUGCUACGUGUGGACGCUGAGCGGGCCGUCGAGCGGCGCCGCGGCAGCCGCGUGCACGCAGGCGCGCCCGAAGACGAAGAUCGAGGCGCACCGUCGCUACGCGCUGCGCUGCCGCUUCAGCCCCGACUCGACGCUGCUCGCGACGACGUCCGCCGACCAGACGACGCGCAUCUGGAAGACGGCCGACUUCGGGCUCAUGACGGAGCUGAAGUGCGCGAACCAGCGCUGGGUGUGGGACUGCGCGUUCAGCGGCGACUCGCAGUACAUCUUCACGGCGUCGUCGGACAACGUCGCGCGGCUGUGGAGCGUCGAGGGCGGCGACGUGAAGCGCGAGUACAACGGCCACCAGAAGGCGAUAGUGGCGCUCGCGUUCAGCGACGGAUUGGCCUAGAGCACGCGGGGGGUCGAUCAGAGGUCGCCGCCGUUGCGGACGUACCUGCGAUUGAUUCGAACUUACGCCGGACGGCAGGCAGACGCGGCUUGCAACGCGGUGUAUGAUGGUCGCGUGAUUACAGCGCGGUUGCUGCUAACUCUCUACUAACCAUGUCGGUUAAACGGUAGUGGUAGCUGCUGUCGUGUGCGUGUGCGCGCGCGCGCGUGUUGGUCACUAACGUUCGAGCGUGCGCGCGAGAGUUAGUGGGCGUGGCCUCAUUAACCACCAGAGGGCGGCGCCUCUCUGCGGUCAGCCUCCGCCGGGUGGGGGCCUGCUCCUUGCGUAGUGGUGACUCCCGCUCCUCUGUGUUGCAGGACACCGGCAACAUGCUGCGACGCGCGUGCACGGCAUCGGCGCGCCUCGCCGCCUCCGCCCACGCCCGGGGAUCGACGAAACACGGCGCCGCCGUCA